AGCUGGGCCUGGCAGGAGCAUUAGUUCUCCGGGCGAGAGAGCGAAAGGAGCAGUUAGAAGGAACCCUCGUAUUGUGGCUCCUGGGACAUAACAGCUCCUGUUCACCAUGGAGGAAAAAUUCUGCUUCGCCAUAGACCGUGGAGGAACCUUCACUGAUGUGUAUGCCCGCUGUCCUGGCGGCAAAAUACGGGUACUGAAGCUGCUGUCAGAGGAUCCCAGUAACUAUGCAGACGCUCCCACCGAGGGAAUCAGACGCAUUAUUGAGCAGGAGACUGGAAAAAGUUCACCAAAAACAAAACCAGUGGAUACCAGUAACAUUGGAUGGAUUCGGAUGGGCACAACAGUGGCUACAAAUGCACUUUUGGAAAGAAAAGGAGAGAGAAUGGCAUUGGCAAUAACUGAAGGUUUUAGGGACCUUCUGCACAUUGGCAAUCAAGCUCGACCAAAUAUAUUUGAUUUGAAAAUAUUAUGCCCUGACAUUCUGUAUGAAGAAGUAGUAGAAGUGAGAGAGCGUGUCCUCCCCAGGCAAGAUGCCUCCUUGGAAGAAAUUACUGCAGAACAGUGGAAGGUGAAACAGGGUUUGACAGGAGAAGAGCUCUUGGUGAUGAAAGAAGUUGAUGAGGUUAAACUUAGACAUGAUUUGAAAAAAAUUUUAAAGAAGGGUAUUACAUCCUUAGCUGUUGUACUUCUUCACGCUUAUAUGUAUAAGGCUCAUGAGGAAAAAGUUGGAGCCAUUGCUAUUGAAAUGGGAUUCAGUCAUGUGUCUCUCUCCUCACUUGUCAUCCCUAUGGUGAAGGCUGUUCCUCGUGGCUUCACUGCAAGCUCAGAUGCUUACCUCACUCCUCACAUCAAGGCUUAUCUUAAGGUUACUGCUUUUUUGCCUUGUUUUUUACAUGCGUAUUACAAGAAUUUUCUUGACAUGGGAGGCACAUCAACAGAUGUGUCUCGCUAUGCUGGUGAAUAUGAACAUGUAUUUGAGAGUACAACAGCUGGUGUUACCAUUCAAGCCCCACAGCUUGAUGUAAACACUGUUGCUGCUGGGGGUGGCUCACGACUGUUCUUCCGCUCUGGAAUGUUUGUUGUAGGGCCAGACUCAGCAGGUGCUCACCCAGGGCCAGUUUGCUAUAAAAAAGGAGGGCCGCUUGCUGUCACUGAUGCCAAUUUGGUGUUAGGUAGACUCUUACCUGACUACUUUCCAAAGAUAUUUGGUCCAAAUGAAAAUGAACCUCUUGAUAAAAAGCAAACCCUGGAAGCUUUCAAGGAAGUUGCUAAAGAGGUUAAUGCCUUCAGUUCAAACGACAAUAAAGAAAUCAGCGUUGAAGAGGUAGCCAUGGGAUUCAUUCGUGUGGCCAAUGAAACAAUGUGUCGACCCAUCAGAGCACUUACUCAGGCUAAAGGUCACGACACGUCACAGCAUGUCCUGGCUGUGUUUGGUGGAGCAGGAGGACAGCAUGCUUGUGCUGUGGCUCGGGCACUGGGCAUGCAGACAGUCAUCAUUCACAAGUACGCUGGUAUUCUUUCUGCAUAUGGGAUGGCCCUUGCAGAUGUUGUACAUGAAGCACAAGAACCAUGUGCCAAAGUGUAUAAGCCAGAAAAUUUUUCAUAUUUGGAGUCUCGACUUGAGGCGUUGGAAGAAGAAUGUAAAACAUCCCUAAGGAACCAAGGAUUUUCAAGAAACAUUGUUUGUGAAGCUUAUUUGAAUCUUCGCUACGAAGGGACAGACUGUGCCUUGAUGUGCUCAGAUGCCAAAACAUCAAUUCUUCAGAAGGGCAAAGUAUGUUUGUAUGGUGACUUUGAACAAGCUUUCAUAGAAAGGUACAAGAGAGAGUUUGGUUUUAUAAUUGAAAAUCGGCACAUUAUUGUUGAUGACAUCAGAGUUCGUGGAAUUGGAAAGUCAGUCAUUGCAGAAGAAGAAGUAAUAUCAAAGUGUGAAGGAGACCCCAUUGCAGAAAUGGUGACAAGUGUAUAUUUUGAAGAGGGUUGGUUGGAUACCAAAGUCUAUAUGCUUGCUUCUCUGAGUGCUGGGCAUUGCAUUGCUGGACCAGCAAUCAUUAUGGACAAGCUUUCUACAAUUUUGAUUGAACCAGAUUGUAUAGGAAACAUCACAGCCAAGGGUGAUGUACUGAUAAAAAUUGAGAAAGCUAGAAAGAAGGUGAUUAGCACAGAAGUUGAUGCAAUCCAGCUUUCCAUUUUUUCUCACAGGUUCAUGAGUUUAGCUGAACAGAUGGGCAGAAUUCUACAGAGAACCUCAAUUUCGACUAACAUCAAGGAAAGACUAGACUUUUCUUGUGCUCUCUUUGGUCCUGAUGGUGGGUUGGUAUCUAAUGCCCCACACAUUCCUGUUCAUCUUGGAGCCAUGCAAGAGACUGUCCAGUAUCAGCUGAAGGUCUUGGGGAAUGAAAUCAAAGAUGGGGAUGUUCUAUUGUCUAAUCACCCAUCUGCAGGUGGCUCACAUUUACCUGAUCUGACUGUUAUCACCCCAGUGUUUUACAGGAACGAGAAGCAUCCAGUAUUCUAUGUUGCAAGCCGAGGUCACCAUGCAGACAUUGGUGGCAUUACACCUGGAUCCAUGCCACCCCACUCCACCUCCAUCCAUGAGGAAGGGGCAGUGUUUCUGUCAUUCAAGUUGGUCGAUCGAGGAGUCUUCCAGGAAGAAAAAUUAAAAGAAGCGCUCAUGGCUCCAGGGAAAAUGCCAGGAUCUUCAGGAACUCGCAACAUGAGAGACAAUCUCUCUGACCUACGUGCUCAAGUUGCUGCAAAUCACAAGGGGAUCCAGCUUGUUAAUGAGCUGAUUGACUUCUAUGGUUUAGAUGUAGUUCAAGCCUACAUGAGCCACAUUCAAAAGAGUGCUGAGUAUGCUGUGCGAGACCUCUUAAAAGAUGUGGGAAACCGUGUCUACAAAAUUACCGGUGCUACAUCUCUGCACGCCAUUGACCACAUGGAUGAUGGUUCACCCAUAGAACUGACUGUCAACAUAAAUGUCAAGGAUGGAACAGCUGCUUUUGAUUUUGGAGGUACAGGACCUGAGGUAUGGGGCAAUUGCAAUGCACCGAGAGCUAUCACUGUCUCAGCUAUCAUCUACUGCCUGCGAGCAAUGGUUGCCCAUGAUAUACCACUCAAUCAGGGUUGCUUGAAGCCAAUAGCCAUCAAGAUCCCUCAAGGUUGCAUACUGGAUCCCUCACUGGAUGCAGCAGUUGUAGGUGGAAAUGUGCAGACAUCUCAAAGAGUGGUGGAUGUCAUCUUGAAGGCAUUUGGUGCCUGUGCUGCCUCUCAGGGAUGCAUGAAUAACAUUACUUUUGGAGAUGAUACUGUUGGAUAUUAUGAGACAGUUGCAGGAGGGGCCGGAGCUGGUCCAGACUGGCAUGGCCGAAGUGGGAUCCACGUGCAUAUGACCAACACACGUAUAACUGACCCAGAGAUCCUGGAACGUCGCUAUCCUGUUUUUCUCAACAGAUUUACUCUCAACAAAAACACUGGAGGGAGUGGAAAGUUCAGAGGUGGUGAUGGUGUCGUGAGAGAGCUUGUAUUCCGACGCCCUCUGACACUUUCCAUUCUCACUGAAAGAAGAGUCUUUGCUCCCUAUGGUCUUGAAGGUGGUGAAGAUGGUAAGAAGGGCAAUAAUUUUUUGGUAAGGAAGUGUGGACGCAAGAUACGCCUCCCCUCUAAGUCAUCAGUGGAUGUGCAGAAGGGUGAUAUGUUUCAACUACUGACCCCAGGAGGAGGAGGAUAUGGAAGUGUAGAUGAUGAUACCAAUGACAUCUACAGAGGGCCACCUGAGAAGAAAACAAGAUAUAUUCAACGAGGAAGUGUAUUUGAAUUUAAACAAGCUCAAGAAAGUGUUUAAUGAUGAUGGUUGGAACAUGACCCAUUGUUGG